AGCUUGAUUUUCAAUGUGUUCUGUUCUACGGCUUCUACCCACCCCUACCUUAAAGUAAUCACAGUUUGGAAACAAUUUCUCUUUUCAUCUUAAAGUUACAGAGAUGGGAAAAAAUGCAAUCUUGGGGGCAUUCAUCUUUGCUCUUACUUGAUGGCAUAAAUGCAGGUUGAGGUUUAUCGAUUCGUAUCGACUACAUACAUACAAGUUUCUCACUGUGCAUAUGAUCUAUGUUCAACAAUGAUGAGCCUUUGUACUUCAAGAAGAUGCACGAAUUUUCUGCAGCGGACGGUUUUGUGGAGAUAGCCGAGAGCUUAGCAGAAAUGAUAAAGUUUGUGGCAAAUGAACCUUCGGCGGGGCUUUUCUACAUCCAACAACAUGUUCAUAAUGCAAUCCCCAACCUCGUCCAUCUCAAAACAAAGGUUGCAGAUAGAUGCCGCGAGGCAACUCUUCGCACUGAGGAUUCUGAGGACUCCAUAGCCAUGGCUAGAUCAAUGAAAAACUGUGGCUUUCGAAUUUCCAAAGAGAUGAUACAGGAUAUCAGACACACCCUUGCUGUCAUGUCCUCUACAAGACAAAUGGAGGAGGAGAGGGAAGGGGCGAUUAACACCCAAAGUUUGAGUUUUCAUCUGUUUAGAUCAGCUAGCAAAAAAGCAAACAGUAUCAAGCGGGCUUCUCCUGAGAUUGAGGAGCCUUCUUCAUCUUCAUUUGCUGCUGCUGCUGCUGAUGAAGAAGAAGAAGCAGACAGGGAUGAUGACCUGCCUGUGUCAAGUCUGAUUCAUCCCUUUUUGAAUGGAUGUUAUGAGGAGAUGAGCUUAACAGCUAGACUGGAAGACUGGUUGGAAGGGACAGGGGAUCGAAAAGGAUAGUUCAACGGCGAGUGUAAGGGUAUAAUGGUCAUUUUAUGUGGUGGGGGGGGGGGCUCAAGUUUGAGGUUAAUACUCUUGGCUUCCCUUUCCUAUUAAAAGGUUGUGCAUCCC